UUCUAAGAUUUUAGGUGUAUCAUUACUCUCCACACUAAAUAACUUUAAUGUAAACAAAUCUUUGUUCCAAUAAAUAUAUCCACACCCCACACCAAUGGGAGCCAUCACAAAUCAAAGCACACAAUUCAAUUCAUGGCUUUUGCCAUGAACCCCUGGCUACCAAAAUCUACGCCUAUCUGCAUUCUUCUUCUUCUACUACUGUUUGCGCCAAAUGGGGAUGCUGCUGCUACUGGAUAUUGCUACAAAUCCAUCAUUAACUUCGGCGAUUCCCUGUCCGAUACCGGAAACUUCAUUCGCAUGUGGAAUCCCAAUCAUCUUGCCGCCAUUCCUCCCUACGGAGAAACGUUCUUUCACCGCCCCACCGGCCGCUUCUCCGACGGCCGAUUAAUCAUUGACUUUAUCGCUCAGAGCUUGGGGCUUCCGUUUUUGCGGCCAUAUUUAUCGGCAGAAGAAGAAAGUGAUUUCGAGAAAGGGGUGAACUUCGCCGUCGCCGGAGCUACUGCGCUUGAUAUCUCCUUCUUUCAAGAAAGAGGAAUUGUUAAUGAUUUGACCAACACCUCUUUGGGAACACAAUUGGAUUGGUUCCAUGAAUCUUUCUGCAACAGCAUUCAUUCUGCAGAUUGCAAAGAAAAAUUGCAAAGCUCUCUUGUAAUAAUGGGAGAGAUUGGGGGCAAUGACUACAAUUAUGCAUUCCUUCAAGGCUUCCCCAGAGAAGAGAUCUCAUCUUUUGUUCCCAAAGUUAUUUCCACCAUUAGUUCAGCUAUUACGGAACUAAUCGAAUUUGGAGCUCGAAGAAUGAUUGUUCCGGGAAAUUUUCCUAUUGGAUGUAUACCAGCUUACUUGUCACGCUUUAUGAGUUCCAAUCAGAGCGAUUACGACUCUACAACAGGUUGCAUCAAUUGGUUAAACGAGUUCUCGAUGUACCAUAAUGAGCAACUUAAACGAGAGUUGAGUCGCCUCCGAGAACUUCAUCCAAACACCACCAUAAUUUAUGCAGACUACUACAAUGCAGCCAUGGAGUUAUAUUCUUCUCCAACCAAAUAUGGAUUUAAGAAUACAUUAUCAGCAUGUUGUGGAGGAGGGGGCCCAUACAAUUAUGACGCAUACGCUGAGUGUGGGUUAGAAUCAAGGGUGUGUGAUGAGCCAUCAUCAUUUGUAAGCUGGGAUGGCAUUCAUUUCACAGAAGCUGCAUAUGAAGUGAUAGCUCAGGGGCUAAUUCAUGGCCCAUAUACUUCACCUCAAGUUAAUGGAUUGUGCGUUCUUGAAGGCUCAAGAGGUCAAACAUUAUCAGACGAUUGAAGAAUGAAGAUGUGAUGUUGGGGGCUGAAUUUAUCUCAUCACAUUUGAAUAUAUAUGAUUGCGAAUUUGAUAAUUUAUUAAUGAUAAGAUCUUAACUUUUGAUUUCUUAAGAUGGAAGGUGUAACGUGAAUGUGCCAUUGUGCCCAUACUUUUUACAUGGGAAGAUAUUCUUAUCUGAA